GGAAAAAAUGUAUUUGUUAUUCAAAAAACCCCGACUCGGAUAAAAAAAACCUCAAAAAUGGAACUCUCCGAUUCGAACGAUUCAAAGCCCGAGACUCGUUCACCUCUCGGCAUCGAUCUAAACGAGAUCCCUUCUUCUUCAUUCACCGAAAACCUACCCGAAUCCGCCGAACCCGAUUCGUUCUCCGUAGUUCGGGCUAUCCACGAGAAUGCUGACCCGGCUCUAGGUGAGCCCGCCGGUGUUCCCAUUGGGAACGAGAGGGAACAGUGUGGUGCGUGUGGGUUGCCGGCACCGAUGGCCGGAGGAGGAAGAGUUGUUGUUUGUGACGGCUGUGAGCGAGGGUUUCAUCUUGCAUGCUCGGGGGCUUCCGGGUCGUUUUCCGCGGGGGAGGAGUGGGUUUGCGGAGUGUGCGUUGGCCGCGGAGUAAGGAGUAAGCGGUGGCCGCUCGGGUUUAAGGCCAAAAAACUUGUUCUUGAUAUCAAUGCUUCCCCGCCAAGUGAUGGUGAUGGGGAAGGUGAUGAGAUGCGGGAGUUAAUGAGACAGCACAUGCCUGGUGACAAUUCUUUUGUUGGCAAGGGAUUAGGCGCCCCCUUGACAUAUAUGAAUUCCUUGUUUUCGGGUAAUGGAUUUGGCUCUCAAAAAGCUCCUAGGAUUGUGACACAUGCAGUUAAAAUAGGUUUUGAAGAUAUAAUGCAUCGUAUGCGAACUAGAGAUAGAAGUUUUGAUGAGGUAGAUUUGGAUUCUCCACUUAGGAUGCCGAAGAAUAGUAAUAGUACAACUAUUAGAUUUCCAACUCGGAAUCCGAGUGACGUAUUUUUGCAGGCUCUUAGAGAAUUUGUUUCAGAAAGACAUGGGGUCCUGGAGGAAGGUUGGCGAGUGGAGCUAAAACAUUCAACGAGUGGCUGUGAUCUGCAUGCAGUUUAUUGCGCUCCUGAUGGGAAAACAUUUGGCUCAGUGGCUGAGGUUGCUUCUUAUCUUGGGUUGGUGUCGAGCUACAACCCUAUGGAUGCUGAAACAAAACAUGAGGGGGGUUCUCAUCUGGAAAGAUUGCAUCUACCAAGAAAAAGGAAGUCAACUAGGUUUAAAAUUUCUGGUGGAUUUCCUGAAAAUAAGGGAAGUUUGAUUAGUGGAUAUUAUAAAGGAUUUCCAUGUGAUAGUCAAAUUGUGGAAAAGCUUGCCAAUAAAUCUUGUAUCAUGAAAAUUACUGAAGCAAUGCAAGAUGAUAAGAGUAGCUCUGGAUCUGAACAAAUGAAUGAUGGGCUUCCUUUGCAGUUUGAAGAUUUUUUUGUUCUUUGUCUGGGGGUUGUUGACACAAGACCUUCAUAUCAUGAUGCUAGUUUGAUAUUUCCUAUAGGUUAUAAGUGUUGUUGGCAUGAUAAGAUCACUGGGUCCCUUUUUACAUGUGAAGUUUUAGACGGUGGUGAUUCUGGACCUAUUUUCAAGAUCAGAAGGCGUUUGUGCUCUGCAAUGCCCCUUCCAAUUAGGUCAACUGUCCUUUUCAUGCCCAAAAUUGAACAAACUUCUAGUCAUAAUAAUGAAGGUGAUGCUGGUUAUUUUAAUAACAAUGAGUUCGAUGAUGAUGACAGUAUUCAAAGGAUCCUUACAGAUCCUUGCCCACCUAUGGAAAAUGAUAUCUUGACUUCUUUGAAAAGUAGCUCUAAGGAAACAUUCAUCGGUCAGCACAGUGACGAAUCCCAACUUGAAGCAGGUUUAAUGUGUGAAAAAUCGGGAGAUAAGUUAAUAGAUGAAAUUGGUGAAAUUUCAGUGGAAGAGCAUUCAUUUUCUGAUGCAUGGAGAAUAAUAUCACAGAAAUUAAUUGAUGCCUGCUCUGAGAUAAGUAAAAGAAAAGGUGCUCUGAAGUUUUCCUGUAAGCAUGCAGGAAAGGAAACUGGGUCAUCAUACUGGGAUAUGAUGGAUGGAAAGUAUAAAGAGACACUUGCUCCGUUAGCUAAAUUUUGUGGCUUCCCAGUCUCUCUCUCCCUUCCUUUUGAGUAUCAGGCUAAUGAGCUGGAGACUUGGACUGAGGAACUGACAAAAUGGCUGGAACAGGAAAGAUUUGGUCUGGAUGCAGAAUUUAUACAAGAAAUCAUCGAAGAGCUUCCUGGUGUCGAGGCCUGUUCCCGAUAUGAACCUUUGAGGAAAAGAAGUUCUUAUUCAGGAUCCUUAACAAUCAGAAAUGGUCUCCUGAAGAUUAGAACACCAGAUGGUCUUGAAUGUGAGGGAGAAGAAGGAUUGGAUGGUUUAUUUGGAAAGUCUAAAAAGCCUCGGUUGGUUGAUGACCGUGGUCCUCCUGCAGGAAAGCCAUUUUGCUUGAGACUUCCUCCUGAACUUUUUGGUGACUUUCAUCAGGUGUGGGAGUUAUUAUGGCGCUUUGGUGAAGUAAUGGGUUUGCAGGAGAUUUUUUUAGCCAAUGAACUUGAACAGGAGCUUAUAAAUCCCUGGUCUAAUCACUCAAAUUUCUUUCAUAAAUUUGGCUGUGAAAACCAAGGAUCUGAUGUACUGAGUUUAUCCAGAAUUGACAGUAUGGAUGAAAAAAAUGUAUCACCAAGUGGCGAUUCCUGUAUGGAAAAUUCUACUGAAAACCCACAUCCAUUUAUACAGACGGAAACAGGAGAAAUGAUGGAAGCUGACCGGGCCAGGCUUGCACCUCUUAGUUACAGAAGAUGCUUUGGUGUGACAUUGACAAAGGUUCACUUCUCACUGUUAGCGGUGUUAAUAAGUGAGCUGCAUUCAAAGGUUGCUGCACUUGUUGAUCCAAAUUUUGAUUCUGGCGAGUCCAUAUCUAAAAGGGGGAGGAAGAAAGAUAUAGAUAGUACAGCUCCUUCCAAAAAGGUUAAGCUCAGUGUGCUCCCAAUUAAUGAGUUGACCUGGCCUGAGUUAGCUAGAAGAUACAUAUUGUCUUUCUUAUCUAUGGAUGGAAAUCUUGACUCAGCAGAAAUCACUGCCCGUGAGAGUGCUAAAGUGUUUCGUUGCUUACAAGGUGAUGGUGGGGUGCUUUGCGGUUCACUUACUGGGGUGGCUGGGAUGGAAGCAGACGCGCUUUUGCUUGCAGAGGCUACAAAGAGAAUUUUUUGUUCUUUGAACAGAAAAAGUGAUGUUCUGACUAUAGAAGAUGAAGGGGCUGGUCAAAAUGUUGCUUGUGAAAAGAAUUUUGUUAAUGGUGGUGAUAUUCCAGAGUGGGCAAAGUUGCUGGAACCUGUCAAAAAGCUGCCAACAAAUGUUGGAACCAGAAUCAGAAAGUGUGUGCAUGAGGCUUUGGAAAAAGAUCCUCCAGAGUGGGCCAAGGAAAAAUUGCUACAUUCAAUCAGUAAGGAAGUUUAUAAGGGCAAUGCAUCAGGACCAACAAAGAAAGCUGUUCUUUCGGUGCUAGCAGAUGUUCAGAAUGAAUGUUCAACAAAAAAAUCUGACAAAGAAACUAGUAAAAAGAAGAUUGUCUUAUCUGUAUCUGAUGUUAUCAUGAAACAAUGUCGCAUCAUAUUACGUCGUGCUGCUGUUGCUGAUGAUUCAAAGGUCUUCUGCAACUUGUUGGGAAGAAAGCUAAUGAAUUCCAGUGAUAAUGAUGAUGAGGGGCUCCUUGGACCUCCUGCCAUGGUGUCCCGUCCGCUGGAUUUUAGGACUAUUGAUUUGAGAUUGGCAGUCGGAGCCUAUGGUGGAUCACACAAAGCUUUUCUUGAGGAUGUUCGUGAGUUAUGGAGUAAUGUUCGUUCUGCUUUUACCGAUCAGCCAGAUUUAGUUGACUUGGCUGAGUCACUAUCCCAAAACUUUGAGUCCUUGUAUGAAGAAGAGGUGCUUGUCCUAGUUCAGAAAUUCGCAGAAUAUGCUAAAUUGGAUUGCUUUAAUGCCGAGACGAAGAAGGAAAUAAAUAACAUACUUGCUUCAACAAAUGAUAUCCCUAAAGCGCCUUGGGACGAGGGUGUUUGCAAAGUAUGUGGUAUUGACAAAGAUGAUGAUAGUGUUCUUUUGUGCGACACUUGUGAUGCUGAGUAUCAUACAUAUUGCUUGAGUCCUCCACUGGCAAGGAUUCCUGAGGGGAACUGGUAUUGCCCUGCUUGUGUUGGCAUGCGUAUUGUUCAAGAUGCUUCGCAACCUUCACAUGUUAUCAUCCAAAGGAGAGGUAAAAAGUAUCAGGGUGAGGUUACCCGUGGUUAUUUAGAAGCACUUGCACAUUUAGCAGCUGUGAUGUACGAAAAAGAGUAUUGGCAGUUUAGUGUAGAUGAGAGAACCUUCUUGCUCAAGUUUUUGUGUGAUGAAUUACUUAACUCUGCUCUUAUCCGUCAACAUCUUGAACGUUGUGCUGAAACAACAUUUGAGUUGCAUCAGAAAUUACGUUCUGCAUAUGCAGAAUGGAAAAAUCUUAAAUCUAAGGAAGACUUCAUUGCUGCCAGAGCUUCAAAAUUUGAUACAAGCAUGAUUAAUGCAUUUGGAGAUGGUGUAAAAGAUGAUGGUGAUCGGCUUUCAUCAGAUGGUGAGGAGGGUGGUUCUGACCUUAAUGAUUCAAAUAAAUAUGCAUCAGGUACUCGUAUGGAGAAAAGUUUUACCAGUAACGGCCAAUGCUUCAAUCCAAUGGAUACUGAGGCUCAGUUAAAGGGUGAACAAGCCAUUGUGGAUGGGAGCAAAGUAUUGUCUGAAAAAAGUGAUAAAUCCUCUAGAACAAGUGAGUUGCCUGUAUCAAAUCCUUUGCCCCAAGAAAUUGAUGACUCAAGGAAAGAAACAAAUUUCCAUGGUAAGUUGGAAGAGUCUGAGGGAACAGAUUUGGUUUCUCCAUCAUCUCCUUCAGAUUGUAAUGGACAGUGCCAGUCAUCUGAUGCCACAAGCCUGCAUGCUGCAAAGCAAUCUUCCUCUGUUGCUGAGAACGAGUCACAGUCUCGCCAUAUUGAGCUGAGCACUAUCAAGAGUGAUAUUCAACAUCAGCAGGACUUAAUUACAAGUUUGGAAUCACAACUUUUAAAAUUAGCUAUUCGGAAGGAGUUUUUGGGAAAUGAUUCUUCUGGCCGAUUGUACUGGAUUUCAGCCAUGCCAGGUGGAAAUCCUCAGGUUAUUGUUGAUGGAAGUUUGGUAUUGCAUAAGAGGAGAAAUUUUCUGGGCAAUGAGGUACGGAGCCACAGCACUUCAGUUGACUGGAAUUUUACCUCUGCCACCAGAGAUACCAGUAUUAAAGCACAGGGUUCAAAGGCAUCCUGUCCAUUUGUGUAUAAUGCUAAAGAUGCAGUUUCAGCUGGUCCAACAUGGGUUACAUAUCAGUCAGAUGCAGAAAUUGAAGGACUCAUUAAUUGGUUGAAUGAUAAAGACCCAAAAGAAAAAGAGCUGAAAGAGGCUAUUUGCCAGAAGCUAAAAUUCCAGAAUUACCAAAAAAUGAGAAGAGAAGUUCAAGAUGAGUGCCAAGCCGCAUUUUCAUUGUCUGAUAUUUCUGAUAAAGCUUUGGUUCCUAGUUUUCUUGUUACCAAGGCAGCAAUGUUGCUGGAGAAGAAGUAUGGUCCCUGCCUUGAGUCAGAAAUAACUGAAUCUGUGAAGAAUCAUGGAAAAAAAGCAGAAGUAAUUAUUGAAGAUAAAGUGUACAGGUGUAAAUGCUUGGAGCCUGUUUGGCCCUCCAGAAAUCAUUGCAUCUCCUGCCACAAAACAUUUUCAACUGAUGUUGAUUUCGAGGAUCAUAAUGAUGGCAAAUGCACUCUGGAUCCUCCUGCUAAUGACAAGGGUAAGUCAGUCAGUGAUUCUUUGAAAAGAAAAGGGGAUAUGAAAUCUGAUGGUAACCGGGUAGGUUGUACUGUUGACAUGGAAAUUGAUGAAAAUUCCAAAGGUGGGCAUUUGGAGAUGAGUUCAAGGUUGACCAAAUUUCAAACUGUUGGAGUAGUUUGCCCUUAUGACUUUGAAGAAAUCAGCACUAAAUUUGUAACUAGAGAUUCUAAUAAAGAAUUGGUGCAGGAAAUUGGUCUUAUCAGUUCAGAUGGGGUUCCGUCAUUUGUCUCAUCUGUUCCACAUUUUGUUGGUGAUCCUACCCUAUUGAUUGUUCCUCCACACCAAAAAAUAGAGGGUUUAGGGGAUGAGGUGAAGGCUGCUAAGAGACCUGGUUUAUCACUAGGAAACUGGAGUGUGGGCAAUGGAGUCAAAGAAGGCUUUUCCGGUUCUUUCAAAAGGUCUGUUGCAAAUGAUAUUAAAAUGCAAAAAAACAGAAGACCUGCUUUGAGAUGUUCGGAACAAAGGGAUAGAAUCUCUCCUGCAGAUAAGUAUUCUCCUGAACUGGGUAAAGGUCGCUGCUGUGUGGUUCCUCAAUCUUCGUUAAGGCCUGUAGUUGGUAAGGCUUCACAGCUUUUGCAGCAACUAAAGAUAAAUUUAUUUGAUAUGUAUGCUGCACUCUCUGAAGAAGCUUUGAGACCGUCAAGGGCAUGCAUGGAAAGGAGAUGGGCCUGGCAUUCAUUUGUUAAGUCGGCAGAAACAAUAUAUGAGAUGGUCCAAGCAACAAUUGCAUUUGAGGACAUGAUUAAGACCGAGUACUUGAGGAAUGAGUGGUGGUAUUGGUCAUCUCUAUCUGCAGCUGCAAAAGUUUCCACCAUGUCUUCUCUUGCCCUACGUAUAUACUCCCUUGACGCCAUUAUUGUUUAUGAAAAGUCACCUGAGUUCCAUUCUAUUGACCGUUUGAAGCUCAGCAGCAUCCCAGCUCCAAAGCCGCUCUCCGACUCGAAUCUGCCAGAGAAGUGCAAAGUGAGCCGGAAGACUGGUAAGAAAAGGAAGGAACCAGAAGGCUGAUCUUUUUGAAAUAGGAGUUUCAAAUCCGAGAAGAUCUUAUUUCAGUUAAACUUGAUCCCUGUGGCAAGGGAAACUGGUAGCAGGAAUAUGUCAACAAAGAUACCAGAGUCAGAACCAAAAUGUUGGUUUGGGAUUGCCCCGACUGUCUGGACCUUAGUGUUCUGAUGUCAACACCCCGUGUAUAUAUUGAUAAGGCUAACAUGCUAACUUGGAUGCUUUGAUUCGAAACCAGAAUUCAUGGAAAUGCCUAUGGUGUUGGAAGUUCCAGAGGACCGAUUGACAAGUGAGAAUAUGCAUCCAAUUUUGGAGUGAUUUCUGCUGCAUCUUUGCGGCUUCUUUCUUGGAAAGCAUGAGGGCAAUAUGGGAGAAAGAGAGAUUAUAUGCUUAUACAACAUGAAUUAGUGUAAAAAGAAAAAGAAAAAAAAUGGUUGAAGUAGAGCAUGUGUAGACGAUAUUUCAUUUUUUAUACGUCUCUUUCUUGCUCUCUGUUACCCU